AUGGCAAAAGACGACUUUUUGAUCUCCGAGUACGAUGAUGAUGAAAAUCAAAUGAAACCGAGGGUGAGUGAUGGCUCUGAUGAUGGAGCUUCCUCUGAAUUUUCAGCAUCGGAUCAAGAGGAUGGUGGAGAAUCAGAUGUCUCUUUGAUGGAUUCGUCAUCGGAAGAGGAAUUGUCCAAAAAAAAGAGGAAGAAGAAACACCAGUUGAAAGAGUUAAAAUUAAAAAACAAAACGUUGGACUUUACAUUAUUCAUGUCCCGAAUUACGAACUUGAAAAUUGAUUAUCAAUGUUUUAAUGAUUUGAAACUCUCCCAAAAUAAUCCUGCUCCAAAGUAUAUGUUGAAUUCGUGCAAACUGAAAAAUCAUCAAUGGGAAGGUGUAUCUUGGCUCAAAUCUCUGCUAAUCGAUCAUGAGACUUCUGGAAUACUUGGUGAUGAUAUGGGUCUUGGAAAGACUGUGCAAGUGAUUGCAUUUAUAGCCUAUGUUAUGGAGCUAAUGGAUACAUCAUCGAGUGUUGAAAGAAAACCUUUUUUAAUUGUCACACCGCUGUCACUUAUCGAGAAUUGGUGCUUGGAGUUUAAAAAAUUCUGUGGGGACAAUAUCAAAAUUUUGAGAUAUAUUGGAAACCAAGAAGAACGUUCAAAAUUACAGUCCAACGUUGAGGGAGAUUUUGAAAAUUCCGGAAAUGUUCCUUUUGACGUAGUGGUUACGUCGUAUGAAAUGAUAUUGAACGAUGAACAUUUUCUUGGACGAUUUAACUACAAAUUAUUGUGCGUAGAUGAGGCUCAUAGGCUGAAGAGCCCUAAAUCUCAGCUCUACAAAAUGCUGCAACAAGUUUAUAAAUGGGAAAGAGCUAUUCUAAUGAGUGGCACACCAUUAAUGAACUCAAUGCAUGAGUUAUGGGCCUUACUUCGUUUUGCCGCACCACAGUUCUUUGAUCACGACUAUGACACAUUCGAACGAUGGUUCCCUCAACAAUGCUUUUUGUCAAAGUCACGACUCAAAAAGAGUGUCUCGGCAACACAACCAAGUCUGGAAGAUGCUGAUGAGGUAAUGUCUGUUGAUGCAGAUCAAGUUCGUAAAAACUUCCAGUUCAUGCUAAAACCAUUUCUGCUCAGAAGAACUAAAAAUCAAGUGUUGAAGGAUGACCUUCCACCCAAGAAGGAACACAUUAUUUAUACACGUUUAACGAGCAUGCAAAAGAAGUAUUACAAAUCAUUCCUUCUUAAAGACAGACAAACGAUUGGAAAAAAGAAUGUCAAAGGUCUGAACAACAUCCUUAUGAGCUUGAGAAAGUGUUGCAAUCACCCUUAUUUAUUUGAAGGAGCAGAACCAGAACCAUUUGUGGAGGGCGAACAUAUUGUUAAUAAUAGUGGCAAAAUGAUAAUACUUGACAAAUUGCUGAAGAAGUUAAAGAAAGAAGGACACCGUGUAUUGAUCUUUUCACAAAUGACAUCAAUGCUCGAUAUCUUGCAAGAUUAUUUCCAUUACCGAAAGUGGAAUUAUGAACGUCUGGAUGGAAGUGUCAGAGGAGAGGAACGAUUUAACGCAAUUGCUAAUUUCUCCGAUAAUAACGUAUUUGCCUUUCUACUCUCAACAAGAGCUGGAGGUGUUGGUCUCAACUUGGUCAGCGCCGACACAGUUAUUUUUACAGAUAUGGAUAUGAAUCCUCAGCUCGAUUUUCAAGCUCAAUCCAGAUGUCACAGAAUUGGACAAGACAAACCCGUUUCAGUGUAUCGCUUGGUGACCGAGAAUACCGUGGAGGAGGUGAUUUUACGACGUUCCAUGAAAAAGAUUACUCUCUCUGUCAACACUGUAGACACUGCAGCUGCUGCUUCCAACUCUUUCGAGUCAAAUUCUGAUGACAAGUUAUCGACAGAUACAAUACUUGAAAUACUUACAUUUGGACUUCACAAAAUCAUGAACUCGUCUUCCACUACUGAGGAUGAUCAUGAUACGGAUCAAGCAUUGUUAGAACUUUCAAUCGAUGACAUACUGGAUGAAAAAAGUUCGCUUCAUUCAUCAGGACGAUUAAGUCUUACAUUGGACGAGGCAGCCGAGUCGUUUAAAGAAAAUGCAGAAUCCAAUUCUGAAUCCAUCUACAUGUAUGAAGGUGUCGAUUAUCAACAAAAACCAUCGAAGAUUUCUUACAAAGAACCACAGCAAAAUGAAAAGGACAUUGAAGUUUUGAAAAAUAUUUUGGAAGAAGUUGGAUUGGAUCUGUCACAAACAAUACCAGCACAAACGAAUAGAGGAAAGAAUGCAGCCAAGAAGAGGAAAAAAGAAGUGUUGUCAUCAUCUUCGAGUAGUGAAGACGACAAUUUGCUGUACUCCUACUCUUCUGGGAAAGAUGAUGAAAAAUCAACUCCAAUUUCUAGAAGAACGCGAUCUGCAACUAAAACAUCACGAAAGAAACGAAAAGUUAAAAAAGAGGAUGACGAAAGUGAUUAUGAUGCAUAUGAUCCACACACUAUUACAAUUCCAGAAGAUUGGGAUCUUGAAUUAUACUUGAUGGAACAAGAAUUCAACCAAGAAGAUGAGGAACCAUCCACUCCAACACUAAAUGCUGAUAACAACCAAAUUCAAUAUGUUAAAGGAGAUGUGACAUCACCUGAAAAAUAUGAAAGUUCUGGAGCUCGAUUUAUUAUCAAUUGUAUUUCUGAUUUUGGCCAAUAUCCAACAGCUGGAAUAUCAAAACAAAUCAUUACCAAAUAUUCAGACAAACCAAAAGUGAUUUAUGAAAAUGCCAUUGAGCAAGGAGAAAUUUCACUCGGCGAUGCACAACUCAUUCCACUCAAGAAGAGCAAUCACGCAUCUACCCAUGUCGUGAAUGUCAUUGCACAGCAUUAUGAGAAAUCCAAAGGACAUGGACCUUUAUUAACCAAUGCUCUUGAAGUUGCUCUUCAUAAAGUGGCAUAUUCUGCAAUAACAAUGAAAGCAACAGUUCACAUGCCUCGAAUUGGAUUUGGAUUGCAAGGAUUUGAUUGGUAUUCGACUGAAAGAAUUCUUAAAAAGUGUUUACUGAAAGCAGGAAUCAAGACUUUUGUUUACUAUUUUGACAGGAAUGCCAGCAGCAGUACGAUCAAAUCAUCAAUCAUGACUCCUGUGAAGCAUGUAGCGACACCUACCACCAAGCGUACUCCUGUGAAGCAAAAUUCUCCUCCUCCACAACAACAACCACAGCCAGUGGCCAACAAAGUGGAUACGAAGGAUGAUCCUCUUGAAUCCUUGAACAUUUACUUGUAUGGUGUGGAAAAUAAGAAUGAUAAGAAACUGAAACGAUUAAUCACAAUUAAUGGAGGUAUUAUUACAAAUUCAAUCUCGAAUUUGGAUAUGAUUAUUGUCAGCCAUCCAUUUUCUCUGGCUACCAAUGACAACAGUGUCGUUAAGGAUGACGAAAUUGAGGAUCAAGAAACAGUACAAUUGAAAGAAUAUCUCAAACAACAUCCCUUGUGCCAAGUGGUAACUUCAUCCGAUAUUAUGACCAUGAUUCAAUAA